CUGGACUACAUGGUGCUGGCGCUGGGCGCCUACCUCAUCACGUUCGCCUCGAUGAGCUCCGUGCCUGCCGCGGUGACGUACGCGAUCGAGUGCGUCGCCGCGCAGCCCACCGAGGUGGCCGCCUUCAUGGGCGCCUAUCGCCUCUCCCUGGGGCUGGUGAUCCCCUUCUUCAUCGAUCAGUGGGUGGCGCGCGUGGGGUUCGGGUGGGUCUAUGGCAUGAUGGCCUUCUUUUCGAUCUUCGCUUUCACCUUCGUCGUGGGACUGAUGGGCUUCGGGGAACGACUGCGCGAGCGCACGCUGCGCGGCUUGGCUUCGCGGGAGGUUGGGAGAAAGAUCAUUGAUGAUUUGGACUAAGAGGGGCAAGGGGUUUUGAAAAUGCCCAUGGGUCCGUUUGCCCUGGAUCCGAGGUGGAAAAGCUCAAAGUGAAUUAGUGUAUCUAGCUGUUGGACGAAUCCCCGCCCCGUCAUCAGUAGAUGAUAGAUGAUACGAAACUGGCUAACAGCCUCUACGACGAGGCGGAGAACAUCCGGUUCGCGAACCUUCCCACGUUCGCGAGCAUGAUGAGCCCGAUUGAGAUUGCUAAGGCGUUCGAUGCGCCGGUACAACGUGGCUCGGCAACGGGGAGGGAGGCGUCGCGCACCAUCCUGGCAGGCCUGGCAGGAGCCCUCAGCCUCAGCAGGCUGAGCCAGCGCUCAGAAGCCCCAUCACUUACAAAUGCCACGACCCUCCCCCUCAAAAUCGACACCCACCACCACUUCAUCCCCGACUUCUACCGCGAAGCAAUCGACACAGCGGGCGGCGACCCAGCCGGCAUCCCCACGCCUAACUGGACCCUGCAAACGACCCUCGACCACCUGGAAACCAACAACGUCCGCAAAGCCUACCUGUCCCUAACCACCCCGGGCCCCACCAUCGCCGGGCCCAACACAACGACCAUCCGCCAACUGGCCCGCCGCGCCAACGAGUACGCCGCCAGCCUGGUCGCCGCCCACCCCAGCAAGCUCGGCUUCUUCGCCUCGCUCCCCUCCCCCCUCGACGACCCCACCGGCACCCUCGCCGAACUCACCUACGCCGUCGACACCCUCCACGCCGACGGCGUCACCCUCUUCACGCGCUACGGCCCCGACAACACAUACCUAGGACACCCCUCCUUCCAGCCCCUGUGGUCAGCCCUCAACGCCCGCCGCGCCGUCGCCUUCAUCCACCCGACCACCGCCGCCUGCAACGAGUGGAUCAACCACGUCCUCCCGCCGCCGAUGCUGGACUUCCCGGCCGAGACCACCCGCGCCGCCAUCGACAUGAUCAUGGGCAACGUCACCCGGGCCUUUCCGGACGUGACCCGCAUCCUCUCGCAUGCCGGGGGCACCCUCCCGUUUCUGAUUUCCCGGAUCGCGGUGACGGCGGGAGCGGUGCAGCAGCCGAAUGUGACGGUGUAUGGGAAGACGUAUGCGGAGUGGAUGGAGGGGGUGCGCUCGUUUUACUAUGAUUUGGCGUUGGUGGGGACACCCGGGGUUUUGGGGUUGGUGCUGGGGACGGUGGAGCCGGGGAGGGUGGUUUAUGGAUCGGAUUUUCCGUAUGCGAAUGCGGAUAAAGUGGCUGGGUAUCGGGAGUAUUUGGAUGAGUAUGCCAUGGACGAGGAGUUGCGGAAUGGAAUUUACUUUGGGAAUGCGGAGCGGCUGUUGGGUUAG